GCGUCCGACAGCUAGACCGCGGCUACCACUCGGGAAGCAGCGAGGCGGCUUCCAGGACCAGGGGGAUGGAAGCGAACGCUGAGCGCCUGCGUCGGAAGCCCAGCCCCAUGCCCUGGUCAGCCGUAGCUCGCAGUCCCGGAGCCGAGAGUGCCCUGCUGGCUUCUCCGAGCGCCGGAGCCCGUCCUCUGUUUCUACGACAUCUUUGCAAAAACGCCGAAGCAGUGAUUUCCCACUUGGCAGCGUCUUGUGCUGAGUCCGAGCCGCUCAGCUUUGGGGCCGGUCCUAUCUGGAGGACAGAGUUUGUUUGUUCUGGUGAGGCUAAACAAGCUGGCCAGUUGACUUCAUUGGAAAACGAUGAUAUUUUGAAAUGAGGUUCGGUGUCCCACGCCGGUGACCUGUAUCCGGGGAAAGCAGUGUCUGAAUUCUCGGUGCCACCACAGCUCCGCGCAUCCGCACGUCCCCCAGGCGUCCGAGGGAGUGAGCAUGGCUGCUGUCCGGCUGUGGCCUGGUCUGCUGGUGGUGCUGGUGUCCCUCUGCUCCCCAGGCUCGCCGUGUGGCCUUUCAACACACGUAGAAAUCGGACACAGAGCUCUGGAGUUCUUCCACCUUCCAGAUGGCCGUGUUAACUACAAGAAGCUACUUCUAGAGCACCUGGAUGCGUAUCAGGCGGGAAGUGUGUUUCCUGAUUGCUUCUACCCCAGCAUCUGCAAAGGAGGAAAGUUCCAUGAUGUGUCUGAGAGCACCCAUUGGACACCGUUCCUCAACGCGAGCAUCCAUUAUAUCCACGAGAACUACCCCUUUCCCUGGGAGAAGGACACGGAGAAGUUGGUCGCUUUCUUGUUUGGAAUCACCUCCCACAUGGUGGCAGAUGUGAGCUGGCAUAGCCUGGGCAUUGAGCAAGGGUUCCUGAGGACAAUGGGAGACAUUGACUUUCAUGGCUCCUACCCCAAGGCUCAUUCGGCUGGUGAUUUUGGUGGAGAUGUAUUGAGCCAGUUUGAGUUUAAUUUUAAUUACCUGGCACGACGCUGGUAUGUGCCCGUCAAAGACCUACUGGGAAUUUAUGAGAAACUCUACGGUAGAGAAGUCAUCACCAAGCAAGUGAUUGUUGACUGCUCAUACCUUCAGUUCUUGGAAAUGUAUGGUGAGGUGCUGGCUGUUUCCAAGCUUUAUUCCACUUACUCUACGAAGUCCCCGUUUCUGGUGGAACAAUUCCAGGAGUAUUUCCUCGGAGGGCUGGAUGACAUGGCGUUUUGGUCCACUAAUAUUUACCGUGUAACAAGCUUUAUGUUGGAGAACGGGACCAGGGCCUGUUCCCUUCCUGAGAACCCUCUGUUCAUUGCAUGUGGUGGUCAGCAGAACAAUACCUUCAGCUCAAAAGCUGUGAAAAACGAUUUCCAUAGGAAUUUGACUCCAUCCACAACUAAAGAUAUUAGAAGGAACAUCAACUAUACUGAACGAGGAGUGUUCUUUAGCGUAGACUCCUGGACUCCGGAUUCCUUAUCAUUCGCGUACCAAGCUUUGGAGGAGAGAAUUCGGACCAUGUUGACGGGCAGCUCUGGGGAGCCGCUGAAACACAUCACCAGCCCCUCAGCAUCUUACUACCUGUCAUCGCCCUAUGCGAGGCUGGGUUGGACAAUGGUCUCUGCUGACCUCAACCAGGAUGGAUAUGGUGACCUCGUGGUGGGGGCCCCAGGCUACAGCCGCGCUGGCCACAUCCAGAUUGGGCGUGUGUACCUCCUCUAUGGCACCGACCUGGGCCUGCCCCCCAUCGACCUGGACCUGGACAAGGAGGCCCAUGUGAUCCUGGAGGGCUCCCAGCCUGCAGGUCGGUUUGGCUCAGCCUUGGCCGUGUUAGACUUUAACAAGGACGGGGCGCUUGACCUGGCUGUGGGUGCACCCUCCGUGGGCUCUGAGCGGCUCACCUACAGAGGUGCAGUGUACGUCUAUUUUGGUUCCAGACAAGGAAGGAUGGCUUCCUCCCCUAACGUCACCAUCUCUUGCCAGGACGUCUACUGUAACUUGGGUUGGACACUCCUGGCUGCAGACAUGAAUGGAGACGGUGCCCCUGACCUCGUGAUUGGCUCUCCUUUUGCACCUGCUGGAGGGAAGCAGAAGGGGAUUGUGGCUGCGUUCUAUUCUGGCCCCAGCCAGAGUGACAAAGGGGACCUGGACGUGGAGGCUGCUGACUGGAAGGUGGCAGGGCAGGAGGACUUCGGCUGGUUUGGGUACUCCCUGCACGGUGCCAGGGUAGACAACAGAAGCUUGCUGCUGGUCGGGAGCCCCACCUGGAAGAACGCCAGCCGGUUCUUGGUCCACAGCCAUGACGAGAAUAAGAACCUGGGCCGAGUGUACGGCUACUUCCCACCCAGCUACCAAAGCGAAUUUACUAUUUCUGGAGAUAAGGCAAUGGGGAAACUGGGCACUGCACUGUCGAGUGGCCACGUGCUGAUAAACGAGACCUUGACCCAGGUGCUGCUGGUCGGGGCCCCAACUCACGAUGACGUGUCCAAGAUGGCAUUCCUGACCAUGACCUUGCACCAGGGCGGGACCACUCGGAUGUACAAGCUGGUGCCCGAUGCGCAGCCCUCUCUGCUCAGCUCCUUCAGUGGGGACCGGCGCUUCUCUCGGUUUGGUGGAGUUCUGCACUUGAGUGACCUGGAUAAUGAUGGCUUAGAUGAAAUCAUCAUGGCAGCCCCGCUGAGGAUAACAGACAUGACCUCGGGCCUACUCGGCGGGGAAGAUGGCCGGGUGUACAUAUACAAUGGCAAACGGACCACCGUGGGUGACAUGACAGGCAAAUGCAAAUCGUGGUUCACACCAUGCCCAGAGGAAAAGGCCCAGUAUGUACUGAUAGCUCCUGAAGCAAGUUCAAGGUUCGGGAGCUCCCUGGUCACUGUGAGGUCAAGGGCAAAGAACCAAGUUGUCAUUGCUGCUGGGAGGAGCUCUCUGGGAGCCCGGCUCUCUGGGGCACUUCAUGUCUACAACCUGGGCUCAGACUGAAAACUUCACUCCACUUCGCCCACACCCAUUCCCUCAUUUCCAGCCGGUGAGGAACCUGCAGGGUGGGUGUCUGAUGGACAGUACAGCAUCCAGUGGAGCUGUGGGAGAUCCUUGUAGAGGCAGAGGUUCUUGGGAGUAGACACGCACCAGCACCUAGAUGCUCUGGGACUAGGACACGGUAACCACAUGAUGGCCCCGGGAGCACAGGAAACAUACACUCUGGUCAUUCAAGUCCUUUCCUGAAGUUCCCAUCUUUGCUUCUCUCCUAGCUCAGUCCACGUCCCUCUGUACAACCUCUGUAUACGAUUCCGCCUGAAACCUUUUAAAAAACACAGUGGCCCAUUUUAGCAAAGUAUAAUAGAAAGCUUAGUCUAUAGGAAAAGACUAAGGGCCCAGGAGGGGAGGUGGGGGUGAAGGUGACCUCCCCCUGCGGUAAGAGAUCCGGUCCUUUCUGAAUGAGGACUCCUCUGCUUUCUGAGCUCUAUCCUCCUCCAGAGGCAGCGGCUGCAACGGGCGCUGAGCCUCCUGCCUCUCUACUAGUUUCAUGUCAGCCCACGAGGCCCUUUCCUGCAUUUGGUCACUUUGUGCUGCACCAACAGAAUUCAAGCAGGAAGGAGACCAGGUCUGAGGGAGUGGGGCGGGGAAGAGGGAAGCAGACCCUGCCUUGUUCCCGGCUGUCUGCAGGUCGGGUGACUUCAUCUGUCAGUCCGGCAGAUUUAAGGGAGAAGAACGGAUCAUGAGGUUCGUCUUCACUACACAGGGGCAGGCAUUACUGUCUGCUGCCUGGUGAAAUGAUAGGCAGGUUCUCUAGAGGCAGAGACGGGAGGAAUCCAGCUGAGGAGCAGAAAGUGAAACCAGACCCCCGGGAAAAGCUCCCGUGAUGUGAGUACAGCUGGGCAAGAGCAGCACAGGUACAUGCGCAGGUUGCACCUCCUGGUCUAGCUCCCUGUGCCACAGGGAAACCCUGUUUUUGUCUGGGUACCAGGUACUGGCAGUUCCUGUUGGUUAUUUUUUGGGGACUAGAAAUCUCUCGGCUUGAUUCGCUCACAGGCUGAGAAGUCCGGGCUAAGCCUUUCCUGAGAAGUCCCAUGGUGGUGGAAGAGAUCACUGUUUUCAUGCUGCACUAAUGACGGAGCCCAAGUUUAACAGGAUCAUUAUUCAGAAUGUGUAACUUCAAUGCUAAACACAGCAAGUAUUAGGUGGAAGUUAAAAUCUAUAGAGUUGCAAACCAAUCUUCAAGUCUAUAGGAUAUUUACCUGUCAUACUAACACAAGUGACAUAAACUAUACUUCUGUUGAAGGUCAGCUUAUAUGGCAAAUAUGUAAAAAUCUAGCAUACCAGGAUGAUUAUGCUGAUUCCACUAACUGCAAUGGAAAUACCUUAUAGUUUGAUUUGUGUUAAUGAGAAACUAAAUGUAUGUAACAGUUUUAAGUUAAAAUUCUUUAUUUCAAUUUA